GCGUCGCAGCGUGCAGGAGUGUGAAGGACGCUGGUGAGAGGAUUGUGAUGAAAUAAAUCACCAAAGAAAGGUCUGUCAGGAGGAUCGUGAUGGCGGUGUGGUGUUUAACUCGAGCCCUGCGCUCCUUGACUGUCUCCCAGCCUGCCCUGCUGUCCUCUCAGGCAGUAGCACAGACCAAGCUGGGAGCUCAGACAUGUGUGGAACAGUGUAGAGGUUUCCUCACCACGGCCUCUCUGGAGCAGAACAAGACUCUGUGGAAGCAGAAGGAGAAGUACACCGUCAAACCAAUAGGAAUGAAAAAGACAGGAGGCCGAGAUUUCACAGGAAAGAUACGGACUCACGGCAUCGGCGGCGGCCACAAACGAAGGUACCGGUGGGUAGACUUCCAGCGACUUCGCUAUGAGGAAGAAAGAGAGGCAAAGCCCUUUGACGAGAAGGUUGUCGAAGUGCGAUACGACCCGUGCAGGUCCGCUGACAUUGCUCUGGUGGCUGGAGGCUCCCGGAAGAGAUGGAUCAUCGCAACAGAGAACAUGCAGGCUGGAGACAUCAUUAAAACAUCUGGAGUUAUCGGGCGCAUGGCAGUCUCAGCCAACGAAGGCGAUGCUUACCCGCUGGGAGCUCUUCCUGUGGGAACACUGGUGAACAAUCUGGAGAUACAACCGGGGAAGGGAUCAGAGUACAUCCGUGCUGCAGGCACGAGUGGCAUUUUGCUGCGUAAAGUGAACGGAACAGCGAUCGUUCAGCUUCCUUCAAAGCGGCAGGUGCAGGUACUGGAGACCUGCAUUGUAACAGUGGGACGUGUAUCCAACGUCGAUCAUAAUAAAGAGGUAAUCGGCAAAGCAGGUCGUAAUCGUUGGUUUGGCGUUCGCCCCUCGAGCGGCUUGUGGCAGAGGAAAGGAGGCUGGGCAGGACGCAAGAUUAAACCACUACCUCCUAUGAAGAGUUACGUAAACAUGCCCUCAAUAGCAGCUAAAUAACACAAGUCUGGAAAUGUUUUUGGACUGAAAUUGUUGCUUCUAAUCGUCUUGUAUUAUUAUUUUGCUCUUCACAAUGAAGUCACAGUGAAUCUAAUGUUCAGCGAAGAAAAGAUGAAUAAAGACAUGCUGUUUGU